CCUUUCAAUCGAUUUGCAAUUUUGAAGCACCUCGCUGAGUGCAGACCAUGCAUGCUUGAUUUCAUCCUGCAUUAGAACCGUGUUUAGGGCUCCGUCAAUGACCUUCAGAGCUUGGAAGCCUAGGUUUUACUAGCUAGGCUGUCUUCACAGUCUUGAAAGAUUGAAGCGUGCGUUGUCGCUGCAAAGUUCCUCAACGGGAUUACAAUAUUUAAAUGGCGUCCUUGCUCUGGCAUAAAGUUGCUGGGGUUUCUGGUAUGUGGGCACAGCGCUACAAAGACAUGAUGAGGGAUGACAGCGUUAGCAGCGGGUACAUAUGGGGCGCACGGGUUCAAACCGGCUGAUCCUGUUUACAAAACCGUUUAUCAGACAGGGAACAUCUAUCACCUGGUCCAUUCAUCAGCCCUUCUCGCUGCUCCUCUUUCUAAGCGACCUAAUUUGUUUGGAGGGCUCUGCUCUUUCGGGAUUGUAACCUUCUCAGGAACGUGUUAUCUUGUGGCACUGAAAGAAGACCGCUCACUAUCAAAGCCAGCUCCCGUGGGAGGUUUUGCAUUUAUUGCUGCUUGGGCUUCCCUGCUCUUUUGAGUGGGCAUCAUCCAAGGGAGUUGAAAUGUAUUGUAGGUUGCAAAUCAUCUAUCUUUCGGAAACUUUCAAGCUCCAGAAAUUUUUACAUUCGACUCAAAACUAAUUGGAUUUGUGAUUGGGACAGAGAGUGUUGACUUUCAAUAAACAUUUGACGCCUUUCUUACUUCUUAUGUCACUCGUAGUUGGGAGAUUGUGUUAGAAGUUUAUUACAUACUGCACAUGUGAUAAUUUGGCAAAGUUUUAGCCGUGGUGAGAUAACCUCAUCAUGGUAGUCAAGGAGAGGAUGCAACUUACUGUCUAGAUUUAGGAGUCUCGACAUCAAGACUCCAUAUAUGUUCGCUACGAUGCGCACAGCAGGUUACAAUGGAGACAAAUUCCUAUGUGGGUUGUCAUAACCGCCGCCUGGGGUCGGUUUUAGAGAUGAAGUGUUGAUUCCCUGGUACACUCUUCUCACCAAGCCGAAAAGUUCACUUGUGUUAUGUGUAUUUGUACGAUAAAUGCUAGUGAUCAUUAUUUCAGCAGUA